AUUAUGUAGCUAUAAAAAAAAAACUCAGACAUCCUCACUGCUAUAAACUUCUUUGUCCAAAUUUAGUUACAUUCUCGUACUCGUAUAUCCAAUGGGAACUGCGCACAGUAGUCACACUAAUCUUGGAAGCGAAUGCACUUCUUAUGAUGCAGGUGCCAAUGGUAGCAUAGCGCGUUGGGGAAACUCAUUUGAAGUUUCCAUGGGUCAUAACAAAGAAAACGACCACACAGAGGUCUGGGCUGUGAAAUACAAAACAUGUCAGAAAAAGAACACAUGUGGUUUUAACCUCAAGGCAAGCCGUGACAGCAACGGUGUCGAGAGCAUACAUUUCGGAAUAGGCGACUUUGCCGACAACAAAACCGAAUUCGCCUUGAAAAUCACGAGGGUCGGUCGCGACGGUCUCCGAGGAGGGAUAUGCGGCAUCGAUUCUUGCAAUGCUCCGGUGUCCUUCACAAGGGCCAAACAAGAUCACACCAUAGAGACAACCAUUGUUGCGUACGGUUGUUCCUUCAGAGAGGGUCUUUUUGUUUUGGAGAUGAAGAAAAAGGUUAACGCCGAGCAUGCUUAUAUGGUGAACAUGGCACACUAUUAUGUCACCAAUGAUGUUGGUGUUUCUGUUGAGGCCAAAAUUCAGCGCAGGCAAAGUUGUUUCGGUGUUGAAGUGGAAGGUCCUUUCAAGCACCCCAGUGAAGAGUUGCGUAAGGUCCUUGUGAAAACGCGUAGAACCGGAGUUUGGUCGCGUAGUGCGUGUUCUCAUUGCAACGUGGUAGCAAAGAGUGGGGGUGCAAAGAGUGGAGAAUCUAAUUCAUCGUUGAAAGCACAACCAAGUCCCCAGAAAGGGCAUGAUGUAGUAGGUCAAAUUUCUAAUCAUGCUUUCUCCACCAGUAUCAAGGAACAAUACAACAAAGGUCUUAUCAAUUCAAGUGGAUACACCACAGGUUCUAUGAAUAAUUCUAUAAUAUUCAUAGAUUGUAAUUUUUGAACUUGUGUUUUUGGGAAAUAAUUAACAAGUGUGGAAAUGUUUUACUUUAUGUAUUUAAACAUUAGUUUGUUGAAAUAAAGAGAUGGGGAAUGGCUAUUCUUCGAUUAACUU